AUGCAGUUUAAAGCCUUUUAUAAAAUCUUUAUCGCUAUACUGUAUCUCAAAGUUUCUCUUGCGAUACCUCAAGUAAGAGACCUUCCAGAAAUUAAGGUUGGUCCUGUCCAACAUCGUCUUGCAUAUGCUGGAGAUACAGGAAUGGUAGUUAGUUGGAAUACAUACCAACAACUUGAAGCUCCUUGGGUUCAGUAUGGUCUUUCUCCGGAUUCUUUGGAUCAAACAGCUGAAAGUCUGGUAUCUAUUACUUAUCCAACUUCUAUUACUUGGAACAACCACGUGACUAUCAAAGAUCUUCAGCCAAAUACUACCUACUACUAUAAGGUUGCAAACAGUGGAAACAAUUCCGAUAUUUACAAAUUUGUCACAGCUAAAUCACCCGGUUCUACUGAUGAAUUUUCUUUUUCUGUCGUAGUUGAUAUGGGAACUAUGGGUGAAUUAGGUUUAAGUGAGGAGGUUGGGAAAGGUGCUACAGGGGCACUUGAACCAGGUGAACAAAACACGAUUCAAUCUUUACGUAAUAGUAUGAAUGAAUUUGAGUUUUUGUGGCAUCCUGGUGAUAUUGCAUACGCUGACUACUGGCUUAAAGAAGAAAUUCAACAUUACCUACCAAAUACAACGAUUGCUGACGGUUAUAAAGUCUACGAACAAAUUCUUAAUGCUUUUUACGAAGAACUUCAACCAGUAUCAGGUAAUGAACCUUAUAUGGUUGGGCCAGGAAACCACGAGGCUGAUUGUGAUAAUGGAGGUACUUCAGACAAGGAUAAUGAUAUUAAAUAUACCAAUUCUAUCUGUGUUCCUGGUCAAACUAACUUCACUGGUUAUAGAAAUCACUUCCGUAUGCCUGGUGAUGAGUCUGGUGGUACUGGUAAUUUUUGGUAUUCCUUCAAUUACGGUCAAGUUCAUUUUGUUCAAUUCAAUACUGAAACCGAUUUUGGUAAUGGACUUGCUGGUCCUGAAGAUGCAGCACCUAACGGCCCACAAGGAUCAUAUCCGAAUGCACAGAUUGACUGGCUAGAAAAAGAUCUUGCAUCGGUAAAUAGGGCCGAGACUCCUUGGAUUAUUGCUGCUGGACAUCGUCCCUGGUAUGUUGCUGGUGAAGGUUGCACUGAUUGUAAAACCGCCUUUGAAUCUAUACUUAAUAAACACAACGUAGAUCUUGUUGUUAGUGGUCAUGUGCACAACUACGAAAGGCAAAAGCCUAUUUCAAAUGGUAUUAUAGAUCCAAAUGGUCUCAAUGAUCCUUCUGCUCCUUGGUAUAUUGUCAACGGGCUAGGGGGGCAUUAUGAUGGUCUCGACCCGCUUGAAUACCCACUUCCAAACUACACUGAAGUUGCUCAAAAUUCAGCGUAUGGAUGGUCGAAAUUUACAGUUCAUAAUUGUACUCACUUAACUCACGAGUUCGUUGCAUCUGCGAACAAUUCAGUUUUGGAUAGAGCCACACUUUUCAAAAACCGUACAUGUAUUGAGUCACCUAAGAAUAUCACUCAUCCUAUUAGCUCUGGACAAUCUAGUUUGACUAAUUCCAGUACGUAUUCAACACUUAUGUACACUAACAUUUCUACCGUCAUAGAUUCUAUAGAUUCCAAAUUUAUGGACACAAAAACAGAAUCGAAUAUCAAGGUUAUUACCAUAACGUCUUGUUCUAGCAACAUAUGCAGUGAAGCUUCUGUUUCGGCUGCACCUGUUUAA